GAUUCGUCUUUUGGCCCAUUCGGAUGUGGCCUCCGAGCGCGCGUUGUCCACUGACAGUUUUAUUAUUAUUAUUGUUGUUAUUAUUAUUAUUAUUAUUUGGGGCCCAAAGCUAACUCUUGCCCUUUUGAGCUGCGCGUAAUUUCGAUUUCGGUUUGGUUUUCGAAUCCAUAUCCAUUCGGCAUCUCGCGUUCACGUUCGCGUUGUUUCGAGUGCAUCCACAUCCACAACCACAUCCACAGCGAUUGUUGUUGUGUUCCAGUUGCCGUUUUUGUGGGAGAUGGCCGAAACGAUCAGUACGGCAGCCAGCGGCAUGGAGUUGGCCCUAAAGGACCCCAGUCCGACGGUGGGUGGUGGCAUCAUUGUGGACAUGACGCCCACCACGGCGGCCCUGCUGCAUCACAAUGCGAUGGCGCUGCGCAGCCUCAAGGAAGCCGCCUCAUCCGCCUCCGAAUCGGAGCUCCAGGAGCCGCGAUCGCCGACGCCCACGCCCACGAAUCUCAGCACCGGCCCCCACUCGCCGCCCAUGACUUUCCGCUGCGAGCGCUGCGACAGCUUCGAGACCAGCUCGCGGGCAUCCCUGCUGCUCCAUGUGGUCCAGUGCCUGGCGGGUCAGGCGGCGGCGGCGGCAGCAGCGGCGGCCGCAUCGGCGCGGCUGAAGAGCGAGGAUCUGCAGGAGCCGGAGAACAUGAGCCUGGGUCACAUGGAGGGCGGCGGCAAGGAGACGGGCAACAAUUCCAGCUCCUCGGCCAGCUCCUCGCCGGCGGGAAAUAGCGGCGGCGGAGGAGGAGGAGGCGGUGGCGGCGGCAAUAGCAGUUCCCGCAAGGUCUUCGAGUGCGAUGUGUGCAACAUGAAGUUCUCCAACGGCGCCAACAUGCGACGCCACAAGAUGCGGCACACCGGGGUCAAGCCGUACGAGUGCCGGGUGUGCCAGAAGCGGUUCUUCCGCAAGGAUCACCUGGCGGAGCACUUCACCACGCACACCAAGACGCUGCCCUAUCACUGUCCCAUCUGCAAUCGCGGCUUCCAGCGGCAGAUAGCGAUGCGUGCCCACUUCCAGAACGAGCAUGUGGGCCAGCAUGAUCUGGUGAAGACGUGCCCGCUCUGCAGCUACCGAGCGGGAUCGAUGAAAUCGCUGAGGAUUCACUUCUUCAACCGGCACGGCAUCGAUCUGGAUAACCCCGGCCCGGGUGGCACCUCCUCGCUGCUUUUGGCCCUCGAAUCGCAGGCUUCGGCGGCGGCAGCAGCAGCGGCAGCUAGUUACGUGCCACCUGGACUCAGUCCCGUGCCCGUGCAAUCUCAGUCCCAGCAGCAACAGCAGCAGCAGCAGCAACAGGUGGCUCCGCCGGCCAGCGACAGCGGGGAGUCCAUGCGAUCCCUGGAGAAUGCCACGCCCCCGAUGCACUUCCUCACGCCCCACGUGGAGAUCUCGACGCUGGGCGAGAGCGGCAAUACGGAGUUGUUUAAUCUGAUUUGCGUUUGGCGUGAAUCUGCAUUACAGGGCAACAACAACAACAAUAACAAUAACUGCGCUACCAACAACAACAAUAACAACAUUAGCGGGAGCAACAACAGCAACUGCAACUCCAUUAGCAAUGGAAAUGCCGAGUCCAAUGGCGAUAAGGUGAAAGAUCGAGCCCUCAUCAUGCAAUCGCCAGUGGAGCUGCCCAUGGAUUGCAACACAAAGGCCACGCCCAUCACAUCCAGCACCACAGCGAGCAGCCUGAGUGGCGGCCUCAAGAGCCACCACCAGCAUCCGCACCACCACCACCACCAUCACCACCACGAGAACCACAUAACGCCGUCGAUCAGUCUGAUACCCAUCAAACAGGAGCCCAUGGCGGAGGAUAUGGACAAGAAGGACCUGAUGAACGGCAGUGAUCCCAGCAGCGACACAGAACAGGCUUCCAACAAUAAUAACAACAACAGCAGUAGCAACAACAACAACAACAGAAUCACCUCACUGAUCAAGGUCUCGCCACUGAAAUCACUCCUGCGCGAGGAUCUCAAGCGACGAAUCUGCGCAAAGGCCAACAACCGGAUCACCCGGAAUGCCACACCGCUGGAGAGCAAUAACAACAACAACUCCGUGCUGUCCAACAGCCUGAGCAACGGAUCGGGUCGAGGAUCGCCGGGGCUCAAUGGCGGCAGCGGUGGCAGCGGAGGUGGCGGCGGUCCCCCGGCUCCGGCGACACCCAAUGCCUCGAACGGCGCCAGCUCGACGCCCAUCUGCAACGGAACGAUCACGUCGACCGGCCAGGAUGGAGACCUGCUGCUCAACCGCAAGCUAAUCCUCACCUGCCACUUCUGCGGCAUCGAGUUCCCCGACGAGACGCUCUACUUCCUGCACAAGGGCUGCCACUGCGAGAGCAAUCCGUGGCGGUGCAACAUAUGCGGCGAGCAGCUGAACAACGUAUACGAGUUCAACUCGCACCUGCUCAGCAAGAGCCACCAAUAGCAGCCACAGUUGGCCGGCAAGUAGACCUGGUAGGCCUGGUAGGAACCAGGAGCAGGACCAAGAGCUUGCCGGCUCGGGAUCUGGAUGGUCCCCCUCUCGAAUCAAUGCAGAUUCAGAAUAUUUACUUAGCUCAAUUUUGAGAGAUUUUCCACAACCAGGCACACAGUUAAGCUCAGAGCAAAUUAUACACUUACCAUCUAGUUCUACGUUUACACUUACGUCUACGUUACAUAUAUAUAGUUAGUUAGAGAUAACUCAUCAUAUUUUUAUGAUCUGCAUGCAGAGAGUAUGAAAAUCAAAUGAGAGCUACGUAGUUACCUAAUCCCUUAAAGAGUCGAGGAGUCGAACAG